UUUAAUGUAAAUUUUCAUUUUUAAAGUUCAAGACAAAAUUUUAACAUAGAAUUGAAAUUGUAAAAAAAUUAUAACUGUACAGCAAAAUUUUGUAGCUUCUAAAACAAUUUUUAUUCGUUAUGGAUGAUUUUGAUUUCAGCAGUCCACCACCGGAGGUGCGAACUAUUCACACACACAAUCUGAACGACGAACAACUGAAGGAUUGUGAGGAGGCUUUCGCACUCUUCGAUGACGAGAACGCCAAGGUCAUUCCCAUAAAAAAUCUGAGGGAUUGUAUGCGAGCCCUGGCCCACACUCCACCGGAAAACGAGUUGCAGGACUAUAUCACCGAAAUCGAUACGGAUGGAUCGGGCGAACUGUAUCUCAGCGAUUUCUGUUACAUCAUGUCAAAGCGCUACGAGAAUUCUACUGUCGAAGAUGAAGUUAUUCUGGCGUUCAAGGUCUUCGACAAGGACGGGUCUGGCUUCAUUCAUGAGAACGAGUUUCGUCAGAUAAUGACUGACUUGGGUGAGGAAAUGGAGGAAGACGAAAUCGAGGAGAUGAUUCGGGAUGCAGACGCCAAUACGGAGCUGAAAAUUGACUAUGUUCGCUUUGUGACUAUGAUGAUGGAGACAUAAAAAUUUUUUAUAUUUUCAAAGGAGGAUCUUAUAUAUUUGAAUAUCACAGAACUUUGGAAUAUACUAUGCAGGAUUUUAUAAAAUUACCUUUUUAUUUGGGACAGGAAUAUUGGACAAAAAUUAUGAAAUAAUAUGACUAUACCUUUAUUUCUUCAAGAAUAAAGCUUAGAAAAUUU